AUGGCUGAAGAUGCUCCUGACGGGAGUGGCCCUCUCCCUAAACCCGCCUACACUAAUGUCACCUCGGAACUCACAACCGACGACGAAGCAUUUAAACACCGCCCUCCAUAUCUCACUCUGAAACCCGACGAGUUUGGUCCAGUUACCUGGCGUGGGAGAUGUCAUUGUGGAAAUAUUCGGUACUCUCUACGACGGGAGAUGCCAUUGAAUGCGAAAUACUGUCACUGCCGAGGUUGCCAGGUUAUGCACGGAGCUCCCUUUCAAUGGGCCGCCAUUUUCCACAAAUCAGACAUGACAUUCGCCAAUGGGUCCUGUGGGCUUGAAUUCUACUCAUCCCUUAACCAGUCCUCUGAAUACGGGACCCCUACCAAGGUCUCCUGCUGUCACUGUCGGACACCGAUCAUGGACGAGGGAAGGCGUGUCUGCUUGCUUUUUCCGACGCUGAUUGACCUGUCUGGUUGGGACAAUGAGACCAUGGAGCGAAGGAAGGCGUUUGAAGCGAGUUGUCAUAUCUUCUACACUUCACGCGUGGUUGAUAUACUGGAUGGGAAGCCCAAAUGGGCUGGGAUGGACGGGAAGAGCGACUUGCUGGAUGACUUGGGCAAUAUCAUACAGAAAUGGACGCCGUCGCCUUCUAAGGAGGGAACUGGAUGGCUCUGUGAUCGUUAA